GAGCUAUUCGGCAAUGCAGAAAAAGUGGGCGGGAUUUUAUUUUAUUUUUUCUAGAACACGGGUGUGAAAGAAAGCGCUUCGGAUAAAAGAGACAAGCGGUUCUUUGCGAAUAUUUUUUACUUUAUGUAGAUGUUUAACGGGAGCAGUGAGCGCGUACAGCCUGAAAUCAGCAGCUCAGAUGAUUUAACUGCGGAGAUUUGCGACGUUUUGCGACAGCGGGGCUGCGGCGGCUUGCGCUUCGCUCCCAGCUCAAGAAUGUAGCGGGAAGAGAAAGCGUUAACGGCGAGAGCAGCAGACUUCAAGUGAGACGACUACAAGCCCGCAAGUUUUCCAGCCAAGCUUGCAGCCAUGUUGGAAGAGGACAUGGAGGUGGCCAUCAAGGUGGUGGUUGUGGGAAACGGUGCCGUCGGAAAGUCGAGUAUGAUCCAGAGAUACUGCAAGGGCAUCUUCACCAAGGAUUACAAGAAGACCAUUGGCGUCGACUUCCUGGAAAGGCAAAUAAUAGUAAACGAUGAGGACGUGCGGUUGAUGCUGUGGGACACGGCGGGUCAGGAGGAGUUUGACGCAAUCACUAAGGCUUAUUACAGAGGUGCCCAGGCCUGCGUACUCGUCUUCUCCACUACGGACCGAGAGUCGUUCGAGGCCAUCAGCACCUGGAGGGAGAAAGUGGAGAUGGAGGUUGGAGAUAUUCCCACUGUUCUGGUGCAGAACAAAAUCGACCUCCUGGAUGACACAGUGAUUAAAAAUGAGGAAGCAGAGGGUCUUGCUAAGAAGCUGAAGUUGAGAUUUUAUCGGGCUUCGGUCAAAGAGGAUCUCAAUGUCAACGAAGUUUUUAAAUAUCUAGCGGAAAAAUACCUGCAGCGACUCAAGCAGCAGACGGCUGAAGAUCCUGAAGUCGUUCACACAUCAAGCAAUAAAAUUGGCGUUUUCAACACUAGCAGCGGCAACCACCCGAACCAGAACUCCAGUGAUCUCAAUGGCCGUGAGGUCAUCAACCUGCGACCAAACAAGCAAAGAACCAAGAAGACUAAAAUCCCAUUCGGUAGCUGCAGACUUCUCUAGAACGUUUCCUUGUACGCGUUAUGCCUUGUUUGCCUUGUAGGUCCGGGUAACAUGCGUCAGUCGUCAACAUCAAUCAGAGUAUGUAAAAGGCUGCGCCUCGGCAUAAACACUCUGAGGUCGGAGGUGGUGUUUAGAUUGAGGUUAGCUUUUCCCCAUAUUGUGUUUUUUUCUUUUUUAUUACAAUGUCUCUGGUUCCUGUGGAUGAGCCUCAUGUCACAUGUAAGGCUGGAUGUCUUUUAACGAUGGAAUUGCAGGAAAGCGAUGUUGGUUUGUGACACUCUGGUACGUUUUAAUAAGGCCUUUGAAAUGAUGCCUUGCUUUCACAGCCAGACUAACAAAGUAGCUCCGCAUUGUUACAAUCACCAAGAAAAACAAUAGAUUAAAAAUAGUUGUGUUUUUUCCUUAAAUAGUUAUAUCUAGACUCUGACCCAUUGAUUUGGAUAACAAACAUAUUUUUCAAAUUGAUAUGAAAUGAAAGGAAGUAGUAGAUGCAACAAGAUUAUAGGAAUGAAGACUUGUGUGUUACUUUAUAUGGUGUAGAGCAGGGUAACUAACACAACACACACUAACAAGAUUCUUUAUAACGUACAUCAUUUUGACUCAAACCAUUUGUGCAUUGGACUGUUUUCUCUCUCGUGCAAUAUGUGUGUGGAGGUGUAUGACUUGGUAACACAUCUUUCCAUAAAAACAAUUAGAUGUUCAUGUUAAAAUAAAAAAAAAGUAUUUUUGUAUGUCAUCUUAAAAACCUUAGAAUUAACAACAGUGCCAAAAACAAAGUUUUUAAAACUGUAUGUACUUGUAUGAAAUGUAAAUAUUGUUAGUAACAUUUUAACCUCCGAGAAUGUGACCACACUUUGUUUAACAUGCAGCUUGUCCUGACCAACACUAGAGUUCACCAAUGCACAGCAGAAGCACAGACCAUAAUGUUCAGCUCGGCUGCUUGUAAACACGAACGCUACAGAAUAUUUACCGUGAGCAGUGGAUUACACUGCAUAUCUCUAUUAAAGCCUCGUUUCAUUAUUUUAUUAUCAUUAUUAACAUUUGUUAAGUGAACAAACAUUAUUAUGCUGGUUAAAAUUGGUGACAUGUAGUGUACAGUACGUUCACGCUCCUGGGUUUAGUUCCCUUAAAUUACGUAGCAACUCCACUACUUGUACGGAAUAUUAAUUAGCAUUUUUUUCUGUGGUUAUACCAACAGCCAAUCAUAUGGCAGCAGAUACAGAAGUAGAAGUCAAAUGCUGAGAGUUAUAUAAUAACCGAAAUGUGACCUUAGUGACUGGACAAAAAAUGAAACCAGCAAGGAAAGCAUUCCUAUCAAGAUGCCAAAAGCAUUAAUCUGACUACACCGAGUCACCCAUAACUCGUCAGUUGUGGUCAACCUAGUUUGGUUUGUUGAUUCUCAGUUUCUGCUUUAGUGUGAAGACGUGGCAUCAGAAUUUGGCAUUAAAAGAGGGAAUCCAUGUAUUGAACCAUGUCUUGUUUAGGCUGGCGGUGGUCAGUUUUGCAGCGUGCUGCUGACACACGGAUUAGCUGAUUGUAUAGGCGUUGCUGCUAAAGUGGAUUGCAAGAAAGUGUAAUCCAACUAUUCAACUGGUAGACCAAUAUUUACGUGUACACUAAUAUUUGUUAUUCAUUGUAAUAUUUCGGGUUAUUCAUUAAAGCCGCAAAACCUUUUUAUUACUCCUGAGCAUUUUCUUCAUAGGACCAAUUUGUUGGUAAUAAAGACGAAUUCCCAUAUUAUCAAUGUAAGAAUAAACAUUACUGACCCCUUGGAUAAACUUCAGAGAAUCUUGUUCGAGAACCAUGGCAUUAAACAAGCUGCCUCUUCAGGCAUCAGAAUCACUUAAAACAAUCACAGCAAGCUUACUUGCACGAUUCUGAUUUUUGUAUGUGAAAAAGUGACCACAAGUGACCCAUAAUCUUUUGACUGCAUGCUCACGACCAUUACAUGCUUUCUAUAGAUUGCCUUAAGAUUUAUAAUUUACCCGUCCUUUCAAUGAAUUUUUCUCAAUCGUUUUGUUGCACUGUCCAUGCCAGAUGAGGACACAGACAUUGAGGGAAGUGUGUUAGAGGGGAAAAAAGUCACAAAUUUGAGUGUUUGAUUCUAUGUCACAUGGUUAUUUACCAUUGAAUCCAAAUAUGACAGUGGCUCGUUUUUUAUACAGAUUUUUGAUCAGAUCAGAUUUGUGAUCACACAGAUAUGGAAAAAAAACUGAUCUGUUUCAUGAAUUCAGAAAAACACAAAUCAGACUCACCUCACCCUGGUAAUGUAAACACAACCCAUGUGUUGUAAUGAUUUGUGUUUUCCCAAAAAGAGAUAAACAGUUGGGGCAUUCAGUUUUGCCGUCUAUAAAAUCUUUUUUGUGAAACGGUCCUGUGUCUCGGAUUGUGUUCUUACUACAGUUUGCAAGACAUUUGUGCACAUGUAGAUUUGGUAGAUGCUUUUAUACAAAGCAAUGAAUGAACAAUUGAUAUAGAAUACGAUACAAGACAGAUAUGAGAUAUACUGUAUUAAUCCUGAAUAAAAUGUAAAAAUGAAAGCCAGAGAUGAUCCUCCAGUAUCCUGCAAAUAUUCAGCCCGAGUUCUUUCCCCACUGAUAUUUUUAUACUAUACAUGUUUUGUUCUGUUGUAUAAUAUCUGAUGAAAUGAGAAAAUCACCCGUUGCAGCUGAGCAUUCAUGACAAUAUGUAAAACACACUGCUACAAUUUCUUUUUUGUUACAUUCGCACACAACGCAUGCCUUACAUUUAAUUCAUGUACGAAUGUGUAUCGAUGGUACUUAGCCACAAUGACCAGCGAUAUGUUUACAGCUUUAUAUGACUUUACUCUCUUUGUAUUUUGUAUUUGUGUGUGAUUUAAUCAUUUACGCUCCUUGGAUAUAAGAAUCAUACCUACAAUACAAUGGAGUCGAGGCACUUUGUAAAAAAAAAAAAAAAAAAUGUAUACAGUACUAUGCAAACGUCUUGAGCCAGGCUUCAAUUCAUUAUAUUUUGCUUCCAAAGGCUCAGAUUUUUUUAUCUAGUCUUGAGUAAUACCUUUCCAGGCUUUCAUUUUUGCCAUGUUAGAGACUGAUUUUUAGUCUAGUCCUUGUACCUGAGUUUCAGAGGAAUGUUUUUUGUUAUUUAAGCUACACAGUGACCUGUGAAUCAUUCAAGCAUAAAAACCCCAAAUCUAAUGUAAGGCAUAAACCAUUAAGAAACUGGUGCAGAUGAUCAGACCCAUGAUAUAUAUACUGCUGGUGCUAAAUGCUGAGUGGUUGAAACAGACAAGAGGGGAAAUGAGGUUGCUGAUGAGGUUGUUACAGAAAGAAAAAUAUAUUUAUUUAUUUUUAUUGGAUCUUUAGGCACUUGCAGCUGUCGCAGUAAAACAUUUGUUACCACUUAUAUUUAAUAUGAAGAAAUGAGAGGUGGCUCAAGAUUUUGCACUGUACUGUAUAUUACCAGGUCACUUUAUCACCGAGCACAACCUCGAGCAUAAUAUUCUGCUAUAUUAACUGCUAAUUGUGGUCUACGUUUGUGCUUUCGGUUAUGAUGCUUUUAUAUAAAAAUGAAAAGAUUUACAUUUCAACUAAAUGUAGUGAGCAUUUCUUCGCUCGCUGGUCUAUAAAUAUUCCUGAGAUGUUUAUUGAAGGAAAAAACAACUUUUUUUCAAACCUGUUUUUUUUCCCCCCCGAAAGUGUCUUAUCUGGUGUCACUUUGUACAUUUACGUCUUUGCUCUGGUAGAUGGUGGUCAUUUUACAAAUAAAGACUCUAUUUUAA